AUGAGUGGAGGGAGGAGAAACGAUGAGAAGGAUGACAAGGAAGAUCAAGGAGGAGGGUGGGGUUCAACGUUUUUUAAAAUAGCGGGUGCAGCUGCCGCAACGGCAGCCGUAGUGGGCUGUGGUGGAUACCUAAGCAGCGCGUCAGAGAAAUGGAUUUGCGGUUUCGCUUAUAAGUUGGAUCCAGCUCCAACAGCAAGCGACACGGAUCUUCCAAAAUCAAGCAAUACUGAGAGACAGGCAAUUCUAAGAGGUUUGAUUUGGAUUAAGGGAAAGGGAAAGAGGAAAGUUUUGGUGUUAUCAGAUAAUGAAGGGGUUGUGGAUUCUGUCUGCGGAGCUAAGGAUGAUGAAGUUCGACGUCAAAUAAGAGAACUUCUUGGUAGAACUGAUUGGGAAGUCAGGUUGAGACAGAUCCCUCGUGCUGAAAACAGAGUUGCUGACAAACUUGCCGAUAUAGGUCGUGAAUUACCUUUUUCCGGUCUGCGUGAGAUUGGUUCUCCCCCUCAAAACUGUGUCGACCUGCUCUAG